ACUUCAGGCGUUUAUUCCGUGUUAGCAAUAACCGCUGCUUUGAAUAUCUUCACUUGUCCUCUCGCAGUUUUACUGAAUAGUCUGGUAAUAGGUGCCGUGAAAACAAAGCGACGUCUACGUAUAAAAUCCAACACCUCGCUGGCUUGCUUGGCCACGACAGAUUUUAUUGUAGGACUGCUUGUUCAACCGUUGGCCACAACCAAUUUCAGCUUGUUUUUCACAGGUAGCAGCCUUCAAACCGUGACCCGCACUGUUGUUUACGUAUCCAGUGCUGUUGGCGAAACAUGCGUUGCAUCUUCGCUUCUCCACUUGUUGUUAAUGAGCGGAGAACGUUAUCUAGCUAUCAAACAUCCCUUCGCGUACGAAAAUGGCCUUGUUACUGAAGCUCGUAUUAUCAUGGCAUCUGGUUUGGCGUGGAUGUGUGCGGUGAUUAUCUUUGGCAUCAAAACCAGCUUCCUUCGAGAAAUAGGUGUUGUUUUUAUCUCAGCCGCUAUCUCCACUGUAGUUUAUUGUCAUGUUGUCAUAUACAAAGAAGUUAGUCGCAACACACAGCAAAUCAUUGCUAACCAAGUUUCUUUAGCCGUGAAGGAAAAGUUACUCAAGAAUAAGAGAGCCUUUAACACAACUGUCGUGAUAGUUUUGACACUUUUCCUUUGUUACAUUCCUACUUGCGUUUUGCUGAUUGUUUUCAUUUCCUUAGAUGGAGAAAACCUCUCUGACGUAGGACAAAUCGCUUACUUCCCUAUUACAUUUCUGGCAGUGCUUAAUUCGUCGAUAAACCCACUCAUCUACACUGCAAGAAUCAGACAAUUUCGCGUAGCUAUCUUUCAGAUGUUAACAAGAAAAACGUUUGCUGAAGCUGAGGAAAUUGAAAACAAGAUGUUUGGAGCAAAUCGUGUGGGAGUUGCAUAAACUGAUACACUAGCGGAAAAAAAGAGAGAAGUAAGAAAACGAGAGAAAUAGAGAGAAUCAAUAUAAGUUUUCAAUAUUUCCAUGGAAACGAGAGAAACAAAACUGAAUCAAAUCUAGUGAUGAAAAGCCUUUGCCAGAGGUCUCUAUCCAAGGGCUUGGCCAGGAAAGCUCAAAGGAGGAGGGGAGGGUCACACUGUGUCAAAUAAAGGGUACUCACCAGAUCGCCAUGUCGACCUCCAUGCCGAGCUUAAAAAAAGUUUGAAAAGGGGAAGGGGGGGGGUCAGGGGCACAUCAGGACCCUCUCCCCCCUAACUACGUCCUUGCCAUCCAAUUGAGACCGGACACAUGUGGAUUUACUUGUAUGGAAAAUUAGGACUUCGGAAAGGUUGACUUAUCAUCGUCAGAAUUUUGAAGAAAAAUGCGAAGACUCUUUUGUGCUCCAAAUUUAUAAGUUGUUAGAGUUUCUGAAUAAAUUAUUUCUCGACUUUUUCCGAAAUUAAAUCCACUGCACUCAGCUCUUGUUUCUAGGAACAAAAGCCAACAUCAAGACAACUUCCCACUUAAUUAUCUACGUAGAUCAUCUUGGAUUGUCAGCUAACUUCCGAAUAUGCAUUUAUACAUACAAUUCAACGUUUUCGUCAAAGAAAAGAAAUUGAUAGGUCAGUAUCGCAAGUAAUGUCAAGUAUGGUAGGUAAAUAACAAAUGCUAUUGGCUUCGUUGUAGUCAUGCAACAAAAUUCUGGUUAAGUGAGAGACAAGGGGAGAAUCCUUCACCUCACAGUGUGCCAAUAAAGAAUCAACGUGCCAUAAACUUCAUCACAUUUUUAAGUUGUGGCUACGAAUUUGUUCUUAUAAAUGCCACAAAUAUCUCUUCUGGCGGAGAUCUUGAAAUCCCUUUUGCUUAUACACUUAUUAAGUAUAAGCAAACUUAGGCAGACUCUUCCAGGUCUUUCGAAGAAAGUAUUGAUACCUUAAAGACUCAUUCAAAAGAAGUUUAGAGCCCAACAUCCCAAUACUUCUCAUAUUACCAACCUUAUGUAUUAAGUGAUACAAUACAAGCUCUUUGAAAAAGUAGUUAAAUUGCAGUGAAGUGAAAAAAAGCUCAUUAAAUGAUGUGCAAGAAUAAAAUAUCGCUAAAUCGUUAAUAUCGACAUGAAAAACAUUUCAUUUGUUUUCUUUCUCCCAUACACCGUACGUAAGACAAAAAAAAAGAAGAUAUACUCGUUUGAGUUCCCUAAGCUGGUAUUUCGUUGUACGGAGAAUAAGGAACAAAACACAUUUUAUUUCUAAUCUUCACUUCGUUCUUGGAAUAAAAAAAAUCAAGAACAUAAACAAAUUUCUCACCAUUAGCCACUGAGGCUGUGUGAAUAACCAUGGAAUAAAAAAAAAAAAAAUGGCACAAUACUGAGGCUGUGUGAAUAACCAUGGGUGCCUCAAGUGUCUCAGCAUUUCCAAAGCUCCAGGCUGUGGGCUGAGUUAAUCGUUCGGUGUUCGGAAUUGCUUUUGAGGUUUCCAGUUUUCCACGCUUUUCCGUCCCUGAGCUCGACAACUCACACUUCAUCGAGCCUUAUUUUCAAAGGAGUUCCAGAAUCUGUAUUGUUCUAAAAAAAUUUUGGCUGAGCCGUCGUUUCUACGCCAAGACCUCGUGUGGAAAGUGCGCCAUCCUGAUAAAAACAUAGGCAUGCUAUGCAUGCAAGAGUUAUUUUUUGGGGGGUGGGUGGUUUACAUGAAACAUUGUAAAUGAUGUCCACAUUCUUAUAAAAGGAAAGAAGACUAUCAACGCGGAAAAGAACGAAAAUUUCGAAUUAACCCACUGUAGACUGCCGAGUGGGUACAAAACUCAGACUGAGAAUCUAAAGAGUUUUUUCGUCUGGUAUGUGAAAACAUGUCAUCGUACAACUCACCGAGUGUCACGCAAUCGCUUUGCCGCGAUCAGCUUUCACGAUUAUUUGCAUUAUUUUGGAAUAUUCCUGGUCCAUUUCUCGAUGAAAAUCGAUCGUAAUAUAAUUUCAAGCCUUCAUAUAGUCUUCUCACUUUGCGCGCGAGUUGGUUGGUGUGAUGUGUGUACAAAUUUUACAAACGUAAUAAAAGUAGAUGAAAAUGUAGAUGUAAACGAGAUGUCACUAUUGAAUAUAUAACAUGCGCAAAAUUUGAGAAGCAAUUAACAGCUUUCCACGUGGUCCGUAUUAUCAUCUUUUUAAGCGGUAUGUGUGUAUUUUGUUGACAAAAUUGCGGACCGAGACCAAAACUGUUCCUUCGACUUGAUACUUGACUCCAAAAGAUCACUUUUCCAGGCAUCGAAAACAUACACAAAAUCGUCCAUAGUUAAUUGUAAUCAGACAUUCAUCUAGAAAUAGCACCGAGCAAACCAAUCGAGAAAAAUAUAAUCGGCACGCUCAACAAAUCAUGAAUCUUGUAAAACAGCUUGGCGUUAAAGAACUGCUCAAAUCAAAAUGUUUGGUGCUACUCAUCCACACUUCAAGCAAUAUUUGAUUCAAAAUUUUUCCUCUCACUCUCGUCGUGAAGGAACAAUAACCAUAAUCGUACUGCAGAGCACAGAACUCCACUUUCUCUCGAACAACUAUCCACCAUUUUCACGGCAUGAGUAAUACGUUUACUAUAGGUAAUCUGAUAUCUUUCAUAUGUCCAGUAGUGUCGCAUUUCGCACGUUAAAAACACAGAAAAGCUAAUAUUUCUCAUUCUAAAAGACGAUUCCAUUUUGCGAACCGCUCUCUCCGAAUCCCCCAUUACUUCGUUGAAAUUUGAACACCGCUCAAACCAAAGAACAAAAACGACGCUCUGAUUGGUGCGAGAUACAUACCCUCAUGCAGCGAUCUGAUUGGUGCGCGAUUAAUUUUUCGUUUUUAUUAUUUGGGGAAUAACUUUAUCAUCUUUUUAACUUGGCAGGAACUCUUCAAAUGACAGUGUACGGUGAGGACGAAUUGUCCUCCUCUGGUCAUCUUGACACUGCUGUGUCGCAUGUUUGGAGCACGUCAAUUUCAUGUCCAAAGCCUUCCGGCCAGAAGUAUUCAGUGUUACUAACAGGAACUCCAAGCCUAAGUUACGCAGUGGAUAUUUCUGAAAACGUCUCGUCUAUAGAUAUCGGUCAAUCAAAGAGUUUUACGAUUUCAAGCACUCAACCAGCAGCAAUUCAGUUCAAACCAGCGCGGGUAUCUCAAAAAAACAAUUUGACAUAACUGUGGAAUCCAGUAGUAUAAAUAUCACAGCUUACUUAAAAGUUUCACAUACGUGCGAGGAUGUGGUGAAGAAUAUAAAUGCACUGGAUCAAAAAUCAUUGAGGCUGUCGUUGGCAGAAAAGGGCCGAAUCACCCUCUCUAAAGCAUCAUUACCGCCUCUAGAAGAUACCGGUCGCCCUUGGUUCAUAGGCAUUGCGAUAAAAAGCAAGUCCGAAACUAGAAUCAAAAACGUGACACUGGCUCUAGCAAGCUCGUUUGAUUAUGAUUACGCAACUCCGUUCUAUUUCUUAAUAUUUUUGUCGUUUUUGGGGGGUAUUGCAGUUGUUUUGCUUCAGGGAGCCAUAUAUACUGGCCGUGGAAGAUUAACAUAUUGACGAUUCAGCGAUAAACUUUUCGUCGCCCAUGGCAGCUUGUCACCGAAUGAAAGACAAUCUUAGGAGCUUGUUUUCAUCUUGCUGGAAAAAGAAAGAGGACGAACAAGCUGAUGAGCUACGGCCAUUGAUACGUGGAAAAAAGGAAAAAAAACCCUUAACUUGGAGGGAAUUGUUUAAAGCAAUGAAAAAUAGAGCUGUUUACCCACUGGUUCGCGCAAGGACCCAAAACAUUCUCUUACACCACCUGUAUUGUCGGUUUUGUCCUUUUGGUUGGUUCAUACCAGUAUGUCUUCGAAGACUGGCACGAGAUGAUACAUACGGGCGGCAGGGACAGGUGUUAUUACAAUGAAUUUUGUUAUAGAGUUGGUGGAUAUGACAUUCCCUUCAACCUGAUGAUAAGUGACCUGGUUUACAUGAUUCACGGCCUGAUCCUGGCCUGGUCGGUGUGGGUGAUGGAAGCCGAGUUAUCAGUUCGCUUGGUGCCACAAGCAAGCGCGUAGGAACCACCUGUCAACUGUGCGACUUCCGCCAGGCCAAGUCGAGUUACCGAAACACAUCUUGAAAUGCCCGAACAUCAAUGGUCACCUGGCAAAAAUGACUGUUCCUUAUUUUCAAACCAACAAUCUGGAAGAAGAGAUAAUGUUGCAUGCUGAAGCUCAUAGAAGGAUGUUCGCUUUUUCGAUAGGGUACCCCCUUAGCCUGUGGGCUGAUUUUUGAGGGGUGUUUUUUCAUGCUUUAUCACUUUUACCCCACCAAGUUGACUUUCCAGUUCGAUACAGCUUUCAUGUUUGUCAUUUCAGGCUUGAUUGUGUUGUCAUUGUAUAACGGAAUUAGCUUCAAAGAGUGCGUUGUCGGAAAAAGGUGCAAAAAGCCUGUACAAGCCAACAAUUUUUCUUCUUCUUUUUAGUUCCACUGUUUAUUUUCAAUUACUUUGGCUCCCUUCUCUAUAAACAUCCUGAUGAAAUGGGUUUGGCAAUGAAAAUCAUAUUCAGUAUUCUUUCUUGGGGGGGUAUACAAUUGUUUUACAACAUUCUGAGGAAUAGUGACCUCAAAAAAUGGGAUGAGAUUUUAAAGGCUGUGUUGUUCUUUUUGAUCCUAGUGAUUAUAAGUAUUGUUCUCCCGGUGUCUUAUGGAAUUCAGUUUGAUUUCCUUGACAUGUUCUUGUUCAGCUGUAUCUCAGCUUGUCCCCUUGCUAUCACGGGUAAAGUGUUGAUUCCGUUCUUUCGGACCACCCAUCGAUGUUGCACAUUUCAAACGUUAAUUUUCCGCUUUUUUCAAGUCUCCUAUAUUAUAGUCACGCUAGGGUGUAUGGGAACUGCGCUUUGGAUUUUUACUGCCAAGGCGACAACAGACAAGACGCUGACUGCUGAGAAAUCACGUGAUCUGAACAAGAACUGCGCAGUCGUGAAUUUCUUUGACUAAAUGAUUUAUGGCAUAUCUUGUCUUCAUUUUCCCUCCUGAUGGGAUCUUAUUUAGUGUUGUAUAUAAGUUAAUAAGUCCUUCAAAGACAAAAGCGAAUUAAAUGCCAUGAACUGCGAGGAGUUAACUGUGCAAAGAUUAAUUUAGCCCUGUGUGAAUGCUAUAUGGUUUGUUAGUAUUAGAAUACAUUAAUUGAAGUAAUUCAUAUAUAUUCAAAUUUCUCUUUUGGAAAUAGUUUGUUGGACAGGAGGCGAGUUUAUUAAAAAAAUCGCCCAUAUUUUAUGAGAGAAACAGUUUUGGCUCAGCUACUUUGUACCUAAGGAGAGGUGACAUUUUGUUUAAAGUUACAUAAGUUUUCAAGAGUAGUUUUAAAUUAUAUUGUAAACAUUUCAAAUUAAAUCGAUAGAUCUGCAAAGUAUGUUAUGGAUAUUUGUCAAGAAACGACCUUGACGAUAAUAGUGAAGGGUACGUAUGUUGUUAGCCGCAACAUAAAAUAGCCUUAUUAAAUAUUAAAUCCGCAGUGUGAUUAUGUUUGAUGAUGAUUUAUAUUUUGUAGAGAGAAAUAAAAAGAACUCCUUCAAUUUUGUGCAGAUUUAGAUUCCAGUAUUAUUCGUUGUUCUGCUCCGUAAUUCGUUUCCUUAAUUUUUUUCUUUAUAAAUGGCGGCUUAGUUGCUGUUGUUUUUUUCAUUGACAUAAGUUGGCCUUUCCAGCCCCGACAACAUGUCUGAAAGAAUGGCAUUUUCACCUAAAAGCGAGGCCAAGAAGGAUAUUUGCAUGGGCAUCGAAGAAUGAAAACAUUUCCGGCACAUUAAAAGAGGUCUAUUUACACGUAGUUAAAGAGACUUAUUGAACCUGGUGGCGUCCUCAGCCAUACCCCAGGGGUAUCACAAGACGCUCACAGAACAGGUAAAAUGAACCAUGAUAUCCGAAGUGAAAUACUUUCUAGAAACCUUUCCAGUUUUUUGAAGCUACGUACUCACUCCCAGCAUCUGAAAAUGGAUGUUCAUAACUGGAGCCCUAUAUAUAUUUUCAUGUUUUCCGAUAUCGACAAUUUGUUGUGACAUUAAAGCUUCAAUCCAGCUUAGUCACUUUUUGUCUUUUCAUUGCCUGUCCGUCAUACUGUGUAAUGAACUUGUGGUCAAAAAUUACUUAAUCAAUGGUCACUGCUUUUGGUCAAAGGUUUAAGAUCAUCUCUUUUGUAUCAUUCACAAGUCCGAUGAGCGAAGCUUACUUUUGGCGAGGGAUGUUGGUUAAUUUAUAGCCAAGUGGUUUCAUGCUACGUACGAAGCAGAACUUAGUGCUCAUAUUUUUUCUCAUUUACAUAUGUUCGCAAGCAAACCAGGCAUUAACGACAAAACAGCUUGCUUGAAGACUUGGUUUUCUUGCGGGAGGACACGCUCUUUUCAACAUUUGUUGGAAAGCUCCCGAUCUUUCUCAUUCUCCUAUCCAGAACCUUUCAUUUGCGAAGAAGUCUGUGCUAACUUUUCGCGGUCGGUGGUCAGUGCGUCGUGGUGGCUAAAGCAACCGACAGCCUAUGACUGGUUUACUUGCGGAACGACGCACCCCUUUAUUUUUCCUGACAAGCUGCCAAUCUUUCUCAGUCUCGUUUCUAGGACUUGUCCGUUGUUUUUGCAAUCACUUUGAGUAAAUGAGAACCUGAGGCAGUUAUGGACGAACGUUUAUUAAAACCUGUCAAUAUCCUCCUAUCCAGCAGUCUGCGCACUCGCGCAGUUUCCCGCGCUUUCCUAAACCAGUGCAAAGGCGCUUGAAAAGGAGGCAGAAGUUACGUAUACUUGCUAAUCUGUUGAUUAGUUCAUUCUCUCGUCUGUUACGUCAUCACGACGCGCGAAAAUUACAACCCGUCAUUACAACUUUGCGUUGGUUGGAGUUGGGCUCUUCAUGAGUCAUUCGUAGGAAAAUUCAAGGAAGUGAUGGAAGGAAUCAAAGAGAUGAAUUCUCUCAACGUGAGUACUAUUCAUUAUUCAUUUUUUUUGGUCUUGGGGUGGUUAAAAUGAGCUCCUAGCUAUAAUUCGCCAGGCAAAUUCGGAAUUUGUCGUGUGCCAGGCCUUUAGGCUCCUGCAUACAUAAAGUUGAGUUGUCUUUAAAUGAAAAGAAGAAGAAUUUGUGUCGAAAGAGGAAGCGAAGAGACAGAGCGUAGGAAAUCAAAGACCAGAUGUAAACGCAAGGAAAUUUGACGUCAAGAAUAAAUAACUGAAUAAGGGGAAAGGGUUAGCUAAAAGUAAUAUUAAAGCAGAAAUAAUAUAUAAUAUAUAAAAUCAACAUUUUGCACGGCGUUUAUAAUGUUACUUUUGCGAUCACUUAGCUUCUCAUUGAACAAAUUCUCUGCAUCACGCAAAUAUUUUCACUAUUGUUUUCCGUUGGACUCAUAUCCCCAAAACUCAAGUAAACAGUGACACCGUUUGAAAUGAACAUGGAGCAUGGAAAAAAAAACGGAGCUGGGGACCGAAAAAAACUCCAAAGGGCGGGUACCAAAGCAAGCGCAAGGAAAUCCUAUUCUUACUUAUUGACAACUACGGCCAACUAAUAAACAUUAGAGUCUGCUAGAUCAAGAUGCGCAGGUCUUACAUAAUCAAAAUACGUCUUUUAUACGAAUGAAGCAACAAUACAAGCAUGGCAACAACAACAACAGCCUUAGAGAUCGACGGAAUAGCAUCGCUCUGGGUGGACUAGUCCAAAAUGACACAUGGUAGGAAAAAAUUUGACCAGGUUUCGAUCUUUCAGCGUUUUGUAUAGUUAAAAACAAUGAGAAUUCGGAAAGAUUUUGUCGCGGCAAGUAAAUCUUUUCACGCGUGAAAUGAGAAUAAAAUGCGCGCGCUUCAUCAUUUCAUAAGCAGAGUUGUCAAAAAUCUGAGACUGUGGCAGGUGGAAAGGAUACCAGGUAAGUGCAAACAAGGGAUAGGAUCAAAACCGAAUAUUUUCAAGACAACAUAGUACUAUGGAAAACAUUGCAAGAUGGAAUUUCAGAACAAGAAAGUUUUUUCCUACUCGUGCAAUAGUACGGUAUUUUUGCGCGCGCUUACAGGUUGGAGAAAGACUUGUUUACUAGCGAGGUUUCGUUUUUCUGAAUUGCUAAUCUCAUUCGUCAUUCUUUUUGUUUGAAAUACCUUUUCCAAUUUUUGGGGAUGAUCGCUACCCUUUGCUUAAUGCUUGAAAGGAAGCUUCUCAAGAAAAGUGGCAGGGCACGGCGUGGACCUUGGUUACGAGUCAGAUCACUGUCUUUACAGGGGAGGGGCAAGGAAUAAAUUAAAGGCUAAAACAUGGCGAACUUUUCUAACGUAAGGCACAAUCAAUCGUCUGGCAGACGUUAAAGAACGAGAAUAUUAGAGAGUAUUGGAUAGAGUAUCUCUGUCCAAAAACGUGAAGGAAAAAUCUAAGUGAUCUAUAGAGAGGAAAGCAAUCUUCAGCUGCUCGUUCAUUUUCUUUAAACGUCUACUUCAGUGUGGCGGCCAUUUCUUUGUCGAAUUGCUUGACACUCAAUUUACAUGGUGAGGGUCUCAUUGUCACAGAAAUGUAAUAAUCUACCUUUUUGAAGAAGGAGCGCAUUUGGAUUAUUUACAUAUUGCAAUGACUCACUUUUGAGCUUAUUUUGCAACAUUUCCCAAUUGGGCGAAAUUGUUUACAUAAUCUGGAUGCUAGAACAGUGGAGAAAAAAUGAUGAUGAUGAUGAUGAUGAUGAUGAUGACGACGACUUUGAUCACAUGUCAAAUGACGUCUAA